AUGCCACUGGAUCAUGCUUGCAUAACUGAUCAAGAGUUUUCUUGCGGUUUCAAGUCGCAUGCGAUUGGUGAAUACGCAAUUGGCCUGUCAAAAUCAAAUCAAAGUCUUCACGGUCUUUCGACUUGCACCGAUUUUUGGUCAGAAUUUGCACAAAUUAAAACCUGGGAGAAACCUCCCAUAUUAAAAAGGGAAGUAUUUGGUAACGUUGCGCGAUCAAUCAGUUUAUUCUAGUGGAAUGCAAUCCUCUCUUCGUCCAUUGAUUGGAAACUGUUUGGGCCGUUCAUUGACAUACUGUAUGUUGAAACUGCAGUUCAGACUUUGAAGAGAGGCACAAAAGGUAACCCAAUUUUUCGAAUUCUUUGUUGAAAUUAUACUAUUGUGGUACAAAAUACUAAUAUAGUUACCCAUACAACUCACAACGUCCAUGACGAAGACUGCAAGAGAAUGACAUAAAAAAAAAAAAAACAUUUGAGAGAGGCAGAAAGCAAAACCUGUGAACAGUGAAUUUAACUUUUAGGAAGCGAGAACCACGUUUACCAGAAGACACACAGCAGAUAAAUUCGGUGGCGUCAAGUACGGAGUACAACUUGUAACCAACGAAGCUUAUCUCGACGGUGACCGGAACACCAGAGUGUAUUCUGUAUACGAAAACUCAGAUCUGAUUAAAUCAGAUCAAAGUCCUUUGCUAGGUGAGUGUGCGGCUUUUAUAAUAUUGCUGUUUCUCUGUUACAACAUUUAUGACGCUGUAGGAGUAUCUGGCUGGCUUGUUAGGCAAUAAUUUCUAGUUAUUUCCUCGUCCAGCUGAUAUCAAAAGCACUCGAGUGCGAGGAGAACUAAUUAUUGUUCGCACUGCAAAGGAGCUGCCAUCACGGCGAAACGUCGCGAAAUAUGAGAUCGAACAUUCCGCUUGGAUUGGAUCA